AUGGAUACAGGAGGUCUUCAAGUCUCGUCAGAUAUCCGCGCCGUGGAACAUUGUAUGCACCAGCAAAGGGUAGGCAACAUCCUCCACACGCUUGGCCCUUGCACAGAGCACGGUCAGUUCCUCAGCGUCGGCGUCGACGCAACCGUUUUCGGUAUAACAGUGGAAGCGGGUCUGGAGCUGGAGGUCAAGGUGUCGGAGAGAUCGGUAGCGUAUCGGGGAUCGACGAAUAGGAUUGUUUUUGCGUAUCGGGUAGUUAGAAUCAAGCUGAAGCGUGAUGGCGAGGUGAAGUAUCGGUACAAGAGUGGUGGGAAGUAUGCUGAAGUCGAUGAGAAUAGCGGGGAGGAGGAGAAGUGGGUGGUAUAG